AUGGCACGUACUGUCGGUCGAGGAGGUCGUAAUCUCCAGCCUCUUCCAGGUUCUCGUCCGGAUUUACUCAGACGCCUAAUGCACCACCCACGCAUACCCAACAUCCCCGCAGAGCAAAUAUUCGAGGCGGAGAUAGACAACGUAACAGCGACACAGAUUGACGACAGAUUUGUUGCGCUUCUGACUCAGGACCACUUCGAUGACAUGUUUAACAACGAUCUAGAAAGAUACGACGAGCCAGACGGUCCACAGGUGACGACUGGUGACCUGCGACGCGUGUGGAAGGCCACCUGUGUAUAUGAACAGCUUGCCGAAACACACCCUCACCUUGUUCGCUUCGACCAUCGCGACCCAUUCUUUGGGGUUCCUAUCCUUGACAAGCCAUCAACUACAGUCGAUAAGCUCGUGGCUAAGCACAGGUCUACUAUGUACUCUGAUGCAGAUGGACCAUCGCGGAUUACGCCUAAGUACCAGCCACUAAUUUAUCAAUAG